GCUGAUAAAGAGACUGCAGCCUGGACACCAAACAAAGACACUUGAUUCCUCAUCACUUGAGAGACCCAAAUUGAAGCCAAAUCAUGAAAACGAGCUUCUUUGGCAAACUGAAGAAGAUCGGCUCUCCUCCAGCGCCACCUAGAAGGACAGGCCACAGCAACGACUUUGGUUGGAAACCACAUGCGUUUCAGGAGGAGGAAGAGGAGGGGGACAUGUAUGAAGCCCCUCCUUGCGAGCGUCCAGCUGUCAACGUCCCGCAGAGACACGUGGAAGAAAAUGUUUACAUGGAGAGAGCAACCAGAGUUUCCGUUCCUCAAAGAACGGCUGUACCACCAUCAAGGCUUGGUGUCAAACCUCAGAAGCCUCAGCAACAUCCCAAAGAGUCCUGGUUUGAUUCCAACACCAAGAAACCACCUGAGGUAGACAGGAAUGAGAAGCCUGGCAGGAAAAAGCUGAUGCCUCCUCCAGCAGUGCGACAUGCUCCAACUCCCUUUCUUACAUCUAACAUGGAGGAAGAUGUUUAUCUAGAUCCAAACGAAGAACAGGGGGAUAAUGACGACCUCCAUUUAGAACCAGCAGCUGGUGGGGGUGCAUACUCUUGCCCUCCAGUUCUCCAAGGCCCGAUAAGAAUGUCUUCAUCUACCAAGACACCACUCACACCUUCACCCAUAAUGAAGCCUCCGGUUCCAAGAGCAAAGUCAAAUUCCUUCCUGCCCUCCUUGAUAGAGGCGAAGACAGCUCCCAUCUUUGAAGCAAGACCUGCCGCCUUUUCCUCCAAACCACCCCCAUCUAAACCAGCUUUUAAGCCCCCUUUGCCAGCAAUGCUCAGCCCUGCAAAUCCUUAUGUGACGAAUAUAAAGCAUGCAAACUCUGGUGGAGGCAGAAUAACCAAAGAGUCAGAGAGUCAGGACCCAGAAUGGUUUGCUGGAGAAUGUAACAGGAAGACAGCAGAAGAUCUCCUACUGAGAGUCAAUACGGACGGUACUUUUCUCAUCCGACACAGCUCGGCCCAGAACGCCCGCCAACCUUUCACCCUGGCUGUGCUCUACCAGCAGAAGGUCUAUAAUAUUCCCAUCCGUUUCCUGGAGGACAUGCAAGGUUUUGCCCUGGGAAAAGAGGGCAAGAAAAGCGAAGAGGUUUUCAACAGCCUGGCUGAGAUGGUGAUGCACCACAAGACGUGCCAGCUUUAUCUCAUAGACAGCAAGAGCCAAGCCAAGCACACUGUCUAUUUAACUCAACCGGCACACCCUUAGAGCAUCUCAGUGGGGUGACCUGAUAUCAGAUCAGAGACAUAAGCCUGCACUCACAGGCCAUAUCAUUAGGUACACGUGCACAAUACAAUCAAAUUGAAUAUAUAGUGUAUUUUGACUUUGGUACUGUUGCAUCUCUUGCAUUAUGAAUCUUAUGAAUAACGGUAAUUGCACAUAUUGUGUAACUAACUUGUGACAAACUAUCAUGCAGUGAAUUUCUUCACCGUUGCAAACAAUAAAAAUAGUAAUUUAAUAAAAA